AUGUCUGUGACGAGAACGAGAGAGAUCAAAGGAAUGCUUGCUCCUAUAACCCCAUCUAAAAAUGUUGGUGUGGUCAUCCGUGAUGAGUACGACCUUAAUGUUAUCCGUGUUGGUGCAGCACAACAUGAUAAUGUAAUAUCAAAAGCUGCCUUGGCCCAACGUGCCCGGCGAGAGCGUGAAAAAAAUGAAAAGUCAUACUUUAAAUUUCAAUGCUUGCAACGAGAACAAGAGGGAUCAGAAGAACUUCUUCAACCACGACAACCUUCUUUAACGCCAAUUCGUCGCAAUCGUGCUUGCCUGGAGUGGGAAACAAUAACUGAAGAUUCUUAUUCGGCACAAAAACAAACAAUGAUUACCCAUCAUUCUACAUGUUCGUUUUCUGUGCCAAGCACAUCUUUAGCUCCACAAAGGAAUCACCAAUGCUUUACGAGUCUUGGUGCUACAUUGGAUCCUAGAGUACUCAGUGGAAGGGGCCCUAUAUCAUUCACAAUUCAUGGGGAAUUACGACAUCGAACAGGGUCACUACAACCACAACUGGGGCAGGAUGCGAGUUAUGCUCAACUGUAUAUCUAUGACCCUAAUUCAGCUUUAGAAAUUCGUAAUCGUAGAAAUCCUAACUUGAGGAGGGAUGUUCUGAAAACUAUUCAGGAUAGUUUGUUGCAAGUCAAUGCAUUUGUAGACAGAUUUCACCAGGCUCAUGCUAUUUUACAUCAAUUAGACUCGGCAGGACACAAUCUACUUGCUCAUCUACAUUAUAAUUCAGUAACUGAUCGACGUCGGUAUAACCUACCAACUGUAGAUGAGAUUGCUAUUGUAAUACCAGGAGAUGAAAUAGAGUAUUCAACAAUUUUGAGAGGUGGGAAAUUAUUUCAAGAGUUUUUGGUAGAUGCUUGGGCUGCAACUGAGCAAAAUCGAUUGACAUACUGCAAACUUAAUCAAGGAAAACUUCGGGUUGAGCUUUAUCAAGAGUUGUUAGAUAUUGAUCAAGAUUAUGUGCGACCUGGUCAAAUUGGUCAAAGGUUUGUUUUGCCAUCUUCAUUUACUGGUAGUCCUACACAUAUGUUUGAAAUCUUCCCAGAUUCAAUGGCUAUCACGCGAUACGACCAACACCCAGAUAUUUUUCUUACCAUGACUGCAAAUCCCAAUUGGCCAGAAAUUACUUCAGCAUUAUUACCACAUCAAAAACCUAUUAAUCGUCCUGAUUUAAUUGCCCGUGUUUUUGAGUUGAAGAGAAAGUAUUUGAUGAAAGAGAUUGAAACAAAUCAGGGUCUAGACAAAAUUCGAAGAUGUGCUCAAGUGAACAAAUUGGUUUGUGCAGAAUUUUCAGACCCAAAAGAUGAUCUUAUGCUUUUUGAAACUAUCAAAUGUUGUAUGGUACAUGGACCAUGUGGUGCUCGAAAUCCGCAAGCACCGUGUAUGGAAAAUGGUAGAUGCACUAAGAGAUACCCUCGAGCUUUCACAGAAACAAUAACUAUGGAUCAAGAUGGAUACCCUAUCUAUCGUCGUCGCAAUAAUGGUCAAGUACAUAUUGUGAGGGGGCAAGAAGUUGAUAAUAAGGAUGUCGUACCAUACAAUGCAUAUCAUUCUAAACUUUUCAACUAUCAUAUAAAUGUGGAAGUUUGUGCUGAAAUGAGAUGUAUCAAGUAUAUUGGACCUCCAGAAGCUGCUUGGCGAAUAUUUGGUCAUCCUUUGCAUGCAGAGAUGCCAACGGUUGUACGAUUGGCACUUCAUUUACCUAGAAUGCAUCGCGUUGUUUUUAACCCAGAAGAGUCAUUAGAAACGAUUCAAUCUAGAGCGGGUCAAAAAAUGUCAACUCUUACUGGCUUCUUUGCAUAUUGUGCUACCAGUGAAGAUGAAUCAUAUGUUGCAAGGGGGCUUUUAGAAGAUGGUGAAGAAUGGAUACACUGCUUAAAAGAGGCUGCAGUUAUGAAAACUGGAUAUCAAUUGAGGAGAUUGUUUAGUAUUAUUCUCACCCAGUGCUCUCCACUAAAUCCAUGUGCAUUAUGGAAUCAAUCCUCAAUGCAUAUAUGUGAUGAUCUUGCACAUAAGAUUCGUAUAUUGUUUGCCAUUUCUAACCCAACUAAUGCUCAAAUUGAGGAUUAUGGUCUCCAUCUUUUGAAUCAAAUGCUUCAUGAAUCAGGCAAAAGUUUAAUUGACUUCUCACCCAUGCCACAACCUACUGCAAAUUGGACUAUAGCAAUUGGUAAUCGAUUGAUACUCGAACAUCAACAACUGCAGAGUGAGGCACAACAGUCAGAUCCACAAAUUACUGUUGAUUGUCUCAACAAUGGAUAA